AUGUCACAAGACGAUUUUGACUACAAAAACUCUCUGGUCUACAUGAACUCAACAGCUGCUCUUAUGGAGACCCUUUUCAAAAAUAUGAAAAACGAGGACUUUGUCUACCCAGCCAAAAAGGAAGUUCAUGCUGAUGACGGCGCAAUUAUCCGUUGCGAGGAGUUGAACAGAAGACAAGCGGCUGACAAAAUCUCAUUUGUCAUUCGGGACCCAUAUCUCGAGUCGAUGCUCGCCAAAAUGUCGGACGAGGACUUCUCAUACGAGACCCAGAAGAAGCCAGUCGAUCCGAAUUAUGGUCGUGUGGUUCGCGCGUUGGAGUUGAUGGAGUUGGCUGGUACUUCGAAAGAUGAGGAGACGAAGGUUGAGAUGAAGAAAGUAGAGGUGGAGAAGGCCGAGCCAGUCAGAGCGGAAUCGGUGCAGAAAGAAAACGUGGCUAGUCCAGCUCGCCAGUCUCCACACACCACCAAAAGUGGCUCCAAUGAUCAAACCAUGGCUCAGAACAAUCAUAGCCCAUCACAUGGCUAUGGACAGAAAAAGUUUGGUGGUUCCUUCAAAAAGCAAAAUAACAAGAACCGUGUGAAGUAUGACAUUCAAACCUGGAAAAAUGAUCGUAACUCGGUUGGAAGUGACAACAGCAGCUCCCCAGCGAGACGCCAAUCCGACAACUACCGUGUAUCGAACAAUCACGUAUAUCAGAAAGGUAAUGGCAGUAGAACCGCCUAUCACGUGGAAAAUCUAGCCUUCUCGCCAAAUAACAAUGGGUUCAACAACAAUUUCGGUGGUCCACGCCACAACAACACCAACAAUGGGUAUGGAGGCUCGCGUGGGAGAGGAAACAGAAAUGGAUACAACGGCCAGAGCAAUAAUAAUGGACAGCAACAGCGGGAUAAUGGAAACUACUGGAACAGAAAUCAAGGAGUCAGUGGUGGAGGAUCAGAAUUCUGGAAUGGCCAAUACAACGAUAAUCAGAUGUGGAAGUAA